AAGAGCAAAACAUCACAUGCAUCACACGUGACAAAAUAAACAAAGGAAAACAAGCCAUGGCCAGAACAGAGUAUUGGCAAUUAGGAACACCGAAAAUGGAGAAACAGAGAGAGAGGAUAGAGGAGCUGCUAAAAUUCACUCUUGAAUCCCAUAUUAACCAAACCCUAGAAUUCAAUCUAGGACUCUCCAAAGACUUCUGCAUUAACCUCCUCGAAGAAGACCCAAAUGACAUGUUAUGUCACUCCACACCAACACCAACACCAACAGAUUCUUUUGAUGGGGUUGCUCUAUAUCCGUUGUAUAAACGUUUAGCUUCAGCUUUGUAUCGGUCUGUAAAGUCUGGUGCUGUAUGUAGAACUUAUGAGAAGAUGGUGUUUGCUGAUAAAGAUAGCAACUUGAAGCAGAAAGAAGAGAAUUGGGAUCAGUUAAUUAAAGAGAAGGGACUUGAAUUGAUAAAUGUUUUGGAGGGUAUAUCUUGUGAAAUUCAUGUUCAAGAACCUUACUUUUCACUCUUGAAAGAUGGGAGGAAAACAAUCGAAGGAAGGUGUGCUACUGGUGAUUACAAAAGAAUUGAGCCGGGUGAUUUGAUUCUCGUUAACAAAAUUGUGGUACUUAAAGUGGAGGAUGUUCGCAGAUAUGCUUCAUUUUUGAAGAUGUUGCAAGCUGAGAGUCUCGAGAAAGUCCUUCCUGGAGUUAAAACUGUUGAAGAAGGUGUGAAGAUUUAUAGGAAGUUUUAUACAGAAGAAAAGGAAAUGUCUAAUGGUGUCCUCGCAAUCUGUGUUUCAAAACUGGCUGCCCAGCCAUACCUUUCUUUGGCUAGCAUACUGUUUGGAUUAAGUUAUGGAGGUGUUCGGAGGCUACUGGGUCUUGCAGAUACUGGUGGAACAGUUUCUAAUGCCCUACCUCCACCAAGAUCAACGCUUCUUUCAUCCUUCAUUUUCCCCUAUAAUCCAAAUAUCAAAGGCAGUGCCUUAACUCAUGGAGCGAGGGCCUUGGCAAAGCAUGCUGAAAGGAGCAGAGACAGAUAUUGGGGUAUUCUUGGUGGAAGUGAUUCUACAAAAAAUAGGCUUGCAAUGAAUGUCAUCAGUCGCUUAAUAGCUUCUUGUUGCUGGUCAAACAUUCAUGUUGUUCCACAACAUGGGGCUGUUUUUGAGAUAAGGGUGGCUGAUGGUUAUGGAGCACGUUGGUCUAAGGAUGGAACUAAGUUCAUAGGAUUUCUUGAACCAUACAUCGAAGAUGGUCACUCAAGAGGAUGGAAGCAUUAGUUUGCGUGAGGAGGCAUAACUACUAGCAUCCUUGGACGAACUUUCUCAAAGUAUUGGUGCACCCGCCCUACCCCUACCCUCUCUUUUCUUUUAUGUCAUUUCAGUUAAUAGGAUUUCUUGAACCACAAAUGGAUGGUGGUAACUUAAAAGGAAUGAAACCAUAAUUUGUGUGGGGACAUUCCUAUUGGUGUCUUUGAUCUAUAAAAAUGCCAUCAUGACGGUCCAUCUUAUGAUAAAAAUGCCAUCAUGAUGGUCCAUCUUUGAUCUAUAAAAAUGCCAUCAUGAUGGUCCAUCUUAUGAUACUGACUGGGACUUUAAUAAUUGAGGUCAUUUAUUUUUAUUGACGUUCAA